AAAAUGUGAGGAAAUUACCAUCCUCUCUUCCUAGUGAACUGCAAAAAUCCCUUUACUCGCAGUUUGUUCUUCAGCUCCCCUUCACCUGAACCUGCAUCCUCUCUCUCAUCGUUGAAGCUACACCAAUCAAAUCCCAAAUACCCAAUAACAUGGCAGCAAAUGCAUCAGUUGAGGAACCGAUUCCCACAUCGGCGGUAUUAAUGGCGGCAUCAAAGCACAUAUCAACAAGAUGCCGCGAUGAAAACAUUGCUUUUUUGAAGUGCAAGAAGAAAGAUCAGAAUCCUGAGAAAUGCCUCGAUAAGGGUCAACAAGUCACUCGUUGUGUCUUCACCUUGCUGAAAGAUCUCCACCAAAAGUGCACAAAGGAGAUGGAUGCCUACGGAAACUGCAUGUAUUACCACACAAAUGAAUUUGAGAUGUGUCGCAAAGAGCAGGAAGCAUUUGAAAAAGCAUGUCCUCUGGAAUGAUAACGAGCUGGUAACCUCUUUGGUCACAUGCUUUUCAUUGUUAAGUUCAAUCCUGCUAGGCUGCUAUUAACUCUGUUGUUCGCCAUGAAAAAAGUUGAUGAAUCUUUUUUCCAAGGAGAAGUGCAGAAAUAAAUUUUUUGAUGUUUUUCUCUAAUUCAUGAAGAAGAUAAAGGUGUCUUUUGAGUCAUGUGUUGAUUGUGGAGAUGAUUGAUAUAUCUCUCAGGUCCAAGCAGAAUACAGAAUUUGUUGUGGUUCUUUGACAUGAGAUUGUACUCUUUGCAAUUAUUCAGUGAAGAUGUCAACCAUUAAAUAUUCAAUGACGAACACUUAUUCA